CAAUUGACACAUGCUGGCAGACUGCUCGACACACUUCUGACACGUGUACUUUCGGUUCCUUGGUACUUAGUACUGUUGUGAGGAGUGGUGGCGUAGCUGCCCCCCCCCUUUUCUCGUGGACAACCUGGAAAUUUGUCGCCGCGGGGAAGAAGAGCCCCUCCACAGCAGCUCGGCCAGCUCCAGUACCAACUCACUAGCUCAAUUGGGUUGUUCCUGUCGCACUUGCAGCUUCGACCCCUUCAGACCGCCCUCGACCCCUCCCUCGAAUUAACAUCUACAACGAACGCAUCUGUCCUCGGUCCUUGGUCUCGUCGUCUGCAAUUGCCCUGCGCGCGCUCUCUCUCCUUUCUCGCUUUGUGAGGUCGCAGAGCAGAAGCCACUUCGAAAAUCCGUCGUCCGUCCGCAAACACACACACACACACCCACACACAGCCAUGGCCUUCACGCAACCACCGACCUUCCCUCCGCUCGAGGAGCGCCCGUUGAAGAACACCAUCUGCCUCUUCGACGUGGACGGCACAUUGACGCCUGCUCGCUUGGCCGCAUCUCCCGAGAUGCUCUCCCUCCUCCAGUCUCUGCGCCAAAAGUGCGCCAUCGGCUUCGUCGGCGGCUCCGACUUCAGCAAGCAGGAGGAGCAGCUGGGCAAGCCGGCCGGCCUCCCCGUGACGCAGCUCUUCGACUUUUGCUUCUCCGAGAACGGCCUCACCGCCUACAAGCUGGGGCAGUCGCUGCCGUCCAACAGCUUCAUCCGCUGGAUCGGCGAGGACAGAUACAAAGAGCUCGCAAAUUUCUGCCUGCACUACAUUGCCGAUCUCGACAUCCCCAUCAAGCGCGGCACCUUUAUCGAGUUCCGCAACGGCAUGAUCAAUGUGAGCCCCAUCGGCAGGAAUGCGAGCACGCAGGAGAGGCUCGACUUCCAAGAGUACGACAAGGGCGCCAAGGUGCGCGAGAAGUUUGUUGCCGCGCUCAAGGAGCGUUUCGGGGGCCUGGGGCUGACCUUCUCCAUCGGUGGCCAAAUUUCUUUUGACGUCUUCCCUACCGGCUGGGACAAGACGUACUGCCUUCAACAUCUCGAGAAAGAGGCCAAGAAGGGCGGCGUCGAGUACAAGACCAUUCACUUCUUUGGUGACAAGACCUUCGAAGGCGGCAAUGACUACGAGAUCUACAACCACCCGGCUACCACUGGGCAUUCGGUCAAGAACCCUGAGGAGACCAUGGCAAUCCUGAAGGAGCUGUUUCAACUGUAGAGCGCGGUUUAUGGGAAAAGAGCCGUCGAGUAUGGCUUGUGGCAAGCGGAGUGCUGUCGUCGGACAGCAAACCGGGCCAAUGCAAACGGAAAUAACGACAGCAGCAAAGGAGCUCAUGUACUAUGAGUUUGUGGAGGGUUGUGGAUUUUGAAGAUCGUAUUUGAGCUCUUCGUAGCAUCUAGAUCUAAUAGAAGCCAAAACAAAAAAAUCGGUCUCAGUCUUCGGACUCCAGAAUACGUACAUUCAAA